UCGCCUCUGCCUCUAGUGGUUGCUUGCUAUUUGGGAGAAUGCAUGGAGCUGGAGUAACCAUUCGUGUGCCAUACUUCAUCAUCAUCAAGUCACGAGGAUGUUGCCUACUUUUAUUUAGUAGUUGUUUGCUUGUGGUGUGUAUUUGAAGUGAUUCUUCAAUCAUGAUAGAGCUUGUGGUAUGAAAUACAUUCGAUCAUAUUCUGAUGGAAAAAAAAGUUGACAUUUUAGAGGUUUAUGCGAUCUUCCCUUUUUUGGUACAGUAGACAUGUACUCUAGUUGCAGCGGUGAGAGAAGCAGAGCUUCCACGGCGAGGGCAAGAUUGUCUCACCAAUUUUACCCGGAGCUCAUUUUGCUGCCAUCUGACACGGCCAUCAUCAUCCCAGCGACUUCCCCCCUCCUAUCGCAGCCUUCUUUACUACUCCCGAAUGCGGCGAGUGCUCCAACCAAUCACACGCCACUCCUCCCUCUUCCAGCUCUAGCAAUCGGCGGCGUUCACCUGUAGAUCUCACGACCAUCACUCGCCAAUUGCCGUUGAUUGAUUCGAACAAGACUGCAGGAGUAAGAUAGAUUGACAGGUGGAGAGAGAGAGAGAGAGAUUGAUUGGUAGGUGUAGAGAGAGAGCGCGCGAGAGAUUGAUGCGUGCAUGGUGAUGAGGGUGCGGGGGAUGGUGAUGGGCGGCGGCAGGGAGUUUGUGGUCACCGCCUUCUUCACGGCGCUCCUCGUCGCCUCCAUCCUCCUCCUCCCGUCGCUCCUCCUCACGGGCACUAGACUCUCCUCCGGUACCAAGAACCGGCCGUUCUUGGCUGCGUCGGCAAAGGGAGCACCCCCAGUGUCGUUCGCGUACCUCAUCUCGGCGUCCUCGGGGGACGCGUCCCGCGCCGCGCGGCUGCUGGCGGCGCUGUACCACCCGGCCAACAGCUACCUCCUGCACCUGGACCUGGAGGCCCCCGCGGAGGAGCACCGGCGGCUGGCGGAGCUGGUGUCUGGGCACGCUGUGUAUGCGCGCGCGGGCAACGUGUGGAUCGUCGGGAAGCCCAACCUCGUGACCUACCGCGGUGCCACGAUGCUGUCCACGACGCUGCACGCGGUGGCGCUGCUGCUCCGGCUGCGCCGCCGUUGGGACUGGUUCGUCAACCUCAGCGCCUCCGACUACCCGCUCGUCACCCAGGACGACUUGAUGGAGGCGUUCUCCGGGCUGCCCAGGGAUCUCAACUUUAUACACCACACCAACCACCUCGGCUGGAAGAUAAAGAAGCGGGCGCGGCCGGUGGUCCUGGACACGGCGCUGUACGAGAGCGGCACGUCGGAGCUCAUCCGGCCGGCGAACCUCACCACCAACCUGAGGAAAGUGCCCACGGCCUUCAACCUCUUCACAGGGUCAGCCUGGACGAUGCUGUCGCGCUCCUUCGCCGAGUACGUGACCAUGGGCUGGGACAACCUCCCCAGAACGCUGCUGCUCUACCACGCCAACAUCAUCUCCUCGCCGGAGUUCUACUUCCAGACGGUGGCCUGCAACUCGCGGCGGUUCCGCAACGCCACGGUGAACCACGACCUGCGCUUCGUCAGGUGGGACAACCCGCCCAAGCAGCACCCGCUGCACCUCACCUCCAGGGACCUCCGGCGGAUGGUGCUGAGCGGGGCGCCGUUCGCCAGGAAGUUCAGGGAGGGCGACCCGGUCCUGGACCGGAUCGACCGGGAGAUCCUGCGGCGCCGCGGGCCGGGGCAGUUCAGCUACGGCGGUUGGUGCUCCGAGGGGGAGGUGGCGCUGUGCUCCAACCCGCAGGAGCCCGGCAGGACGGGGCCGGUCAAGCCCGGCGCAGGGUCGAGGAGGCUCAAGGCGUUGAUGAGCAAGACGCUGUCUGCAAGGAAUUUCAGGAGGCAGCAGUGUAGGUGAAAAUGUUACAAUCUACUAAUUCUGAUCAAACAUGCCAUGUAUAGAAAACAAAAGACAUCAAGGCAAGGCAAUUUUGAUCGGUAGAGAGAUUAGUGCAAUCUCACAGAAUAAAAUGAAAUAUACCAAUUGUGUGCUGACUAGUGAUUAUUAGCUCGCAAAUUUGACAGGAUUAGCAUUCAGCUUGUGUACUUCACUCCUAUUUUUGCUCUGAGGAGGUAGGCUUUAGACGCUCUUUUCCAUAGUUGUGACACCGGAUGCUUCGGGAUCUCAACAGAACUGUCACCGCUUCCUACGAAUCUAUCGUUAUAUCGUCCUUUUAUAUUUAUAAAGAGAUCAUGUUACACGAGUUCUA